AUGCCAACCUACGGGCGUUGCUGGCGCACGGUCCCCACCCAGAACCUUGCGCCCGAUCCAGAGGAGGCGGAAACCCUCCUGCACGGAACGAACCGCCUGCUCCCCCCAGAGGAGGUUGAGAAGCUCUGGGAGACGCAGUCUGCCGCAGAGUUGUGGGAGCCCGACCUGUGGGAUGCCGACAUCGGUACGGAAGGCUGCGACGAGAGCACCACCGACUUCGAGAUGAGCUUCUGGAUCAAGCCCCUGACCGGCAGGAGGUACCAGGCGUCGCAGCAGAGGUCGCGAGCGCGGCGGUACCCGAAGCAGAGGACUCCACGUACUCGAGCGUCCGUGUCUGGCAAAGACGUACAACAGCAUCGAGCGGCAUGCACCGUGCCGCCGUCCACCUUGGACGCAGCCAGCCGCUACACCCAGAGUUGCCCCGAACUUGCGAAGGCCGACCUUUGGGCGGAGACCAGUGACGAUACCACCGCCGCCCCGAUGAGUCGCUUCUGGGGCGACGACGCGUCCAUGGCCUGUGGCUUGUGCAUUGGGUCUUGGAAAGCCCUGGACGCGCGAAAUCAGGCAGCACGCACCCUGCAACUACGGUCCACCAGGGGUUGGCUACCCGGCGGCAUGCAUCGGGGAGAGCCCAGUGGCGACAUCAUCCGCCAGGCCGACGACGCCGGCCACCAGAAUGACCUGUCCGACGCCGACGACCACUUGGAGGGAGCGCUGGCGCGGGUGAUGGAGGAGGGAGGUUUCCUUGGUGACGACGCUGGUGGUCUCGAAGAGCAGGCUGAGCUCCGAGGCGCACCGCAGGACGGUGCCAGCGGUAGCGCAGAGCCAGCUGAACGGCCAGCGAAACGCCAACGCCGCAGUGACGGCGAGUCCUCCAUGGAUAGGCUGAGCAGAUAUUCCCAAAAAGGAUUGGACUCCCAUGGUGACAUCAAAUUUUCCACGGAAGAUACGACCGACGACAUACAGUCCAUCUACGCACGCCUCUACACUCUAGUCACGGGAGCGAUGGAUGGGGCUUGCGAUGCACUUUGGAGGGUGGUCGCGUGCGCGGUCGUUCUGCACUGCCUCCGCCUUUGCGAUAUCGGCCUUCGGGAGCACUGCUUGUUGCUGCACAUCUUACUGCACGACGUCGCCAUUCGCGCCCACGGUGGGGAGCUCUACAUGUACGGUGACGGCACGUGGCUUCCAUUUGCAGGCCUGGUUGCCGAGUCGGUGCUGGCCACAUGUAAGCGGGGCCUCCUGCGGGUUGAAGGGCUCUUCCUGCUCGUGGACACGUGGAAGAGGGCCGACGACGCUGCCUUCGUGGAAAAGUGCAAGGCCGCAUGGUCUAGCCACGGUGGUACCUCCGUCACGUUCACCGCCCACUGCGAGGUGUCCGCGUCCAAGGGGAAGAGGAGGUUCCAAGGCCCUGCCCCAGAUGAAACUGAGGAUCCUGCUGGUCCUGAACAGCAAGGGGGUCCCCAUCAACCAGGCGAGCGGGAUGAGGCAGAACCCAACGAGUCGCAAGGCGAGUUUGCAGCGAAGAUGGUGCAGAAAUUGUCCGCCGCUCUGCAGAACGAACUGUUGGGGGCGAAGCUGAUUAAGCAUUACGGCGAAUGGUGUUCGACUCCGAAGAGACCAGCCUCUGGCGUGUGCUUCAAAGACGCGUGCUUGCUGUUCGGGCCGAACGGGGAGACCAAUUUCGUCGACAAGGGCCAGUCGAUGAACGUGUACAUUCACGUGCCCCACGCACUGAAGGACCCCGUCCUGGAGACCCUCGCCGCCAUGUGCCUCGUCCUCCAGGGGGGGAACAUAGACCGCUGCUUUUGGACGAUCGGACCUGGUGGCGUGGGACAAUCUCUGCUGACCCAUCUCGUGGACAACGUCUUCUCGGGCCUGCACGCGUUCCUCGAUGCAACGGUGUACUACGACGGCCACGAAUUAAGGAAACAGGCGGAGCAACUCGUUCACGAGCUCAUCACCACUGGACAGGAAGCCGUCGAAGGGUCGAAGCACGGAUUCCGCGAAGACCUGUGCAAAAAGCAUAUAUCGGCCGACCCGAUCGCAGCUCGUCUGCCGUAUGGCAUUGUCACCCACCUGGUAUCGCUGCAGGGCUGGAAAAGAUUAGAGCUCAACAAAAUCAUUCGGUUCGCUGGAGUCACUGCCGAGAGCAUCAACAGCAUCGAACGCCGCACGUGGGCUUGCAUCAUCAAAUCCAGGUUUGUCUCGCCAGAGGUUCUCAGCACAAUGCCCGACGCGGCGUCGAUGGGUGUGUUCGUGAAGAAUCCAGGCUUGAAGACGUUAGUUCGGUCUCCCCAGGUCGCGCCAGCGAUGUGGCGGAUUUUGCACGGGUUCAUGAGGAGCCAUUCCCGCAGCGAGUCCUUCGCCAUGAUUGAGGAUUACGCCGAGGGCGGGGAUGGCGGCACCACCGUGGACUGCGUGUACGCGGCGACGGGCGUGCAACGCCGCAGCAAAGACACUGGCACAACCUCUGCCCCACCUGCACCAGGGGGACUCCCUGCGCCCUUCAACCCGAUGGCAGCCCAGGAGGAGGCCGAUCGGAAACUCAGCCUGACACUAGCAGUUCUGCUGUUGGAGAACCGCGUGGACUCCAUCACGGCAGAGGAGUUUGCGAACAAGCUUGGGCAUGGCAUGGUAUCUGGUACUGCGGAGAAGAGAAAGUCGGAGUUCGAUCGCCUUGUCACAGCUGGCCUCUGGGUCAAGAACGGCACGGGCAGUAAGGGUAACACGUCUUACGUGCCAGCGCAUUGCUUCGCGCGCAAGCCCGACUGCCACUGGCCUGGGCAUGCGGGCGACGACCUGCCAGCCCUUCAGGAGCAAGUGCAGUGCCAGAGCGUCAUAGAGUAUGCCGACAACGCCCCCCGUUGCCAGAACGUGGCCACACUACAAGAGUACUGGCGCCAGAUGUGCGACUUCCUGGUGCCGAAGCAGCGGGGCCGGCUGUCGGCGCGACAGCUAGACAUGAAGAACGAUUUCGCGCACAAGGGCGAGAAGCUGGUUCACCAGGAGCGCGAGCUUCAGAGACUGGCAGAGCACAUGCGGGGCCAAGUUGGGGCCGCCGACGGCGUCGCGCCCGAGACGUCGACAUAUGCGGCGUCAUACUCAAGGAGGGGCAGUCGCCGUUCACGGCUAUACCUGGACACCUACGGCGUGCAGGCCCUCAGCAACGCGGCGAAGCACGUGGUCAUCCCCGAGGCGCACGACUGGGACAUCUCGAAGUGCAUGUUCACGAUCGCCCUGCAACUCCUCGGCAAGGCCAUUGCACUGAUCUCUCACCAGGCGAUCCAGUUCGAGUGUAUCACUGCACUCACACAGAACAAUGCUGAAGUUCUCGGCCAGCUUGGGGUGCCUUACAACGCUGGCAAGAAGCUUUUCCUCAAGGUCGUGAACGGCGGGCGCAUCCCUGAAGAGUACUCGACGAACAACUUUUUGAAGGCAUUGCAGCAAGAAGGGAUACUGCUACGUUGGUUUGCAGUGGCGAUGGACACGGAGGCGCACGCGGCCACCGCCGAGGCAUGCAACGGGAAAGCUUUGCACCAGCAGGCGGGGCCAUGGCCAGUGAACGUCGCAACGCCAUGCUGCCUUAGGGGCGUGGUUUGGGUUGCCGCGCUCACGGCCGACCCGACGAAGCACAACCCCGCCGCCUCCUCGUGGUACUACACUUGGACUGAGAUGGAGGACCUGAUACUCAACGCAUGGUCGGGGCACGUUAUCGCAUCGCUACGGAACGUGACACAUCUGAGUUUGCACUACGACGGCCUCGUGAUCAAUCCCGAGGCGGUCGUCGACGACGAGUCGUUUGCUGCAGACUGCCAGGGCGCCAUCUUACGGUCCACUGGUUUCGCCGUCUCCAUCGUGCGGAAGACGACGCACACCUUCCUCGAGUUAGUGAAACUGAACGGCACCCACGCCCAGGCCGCGUUCCCAGUCUUGCCGAAGAGCCUGCUCAAGAACGGCAAUUGCAUCCUCGCGGCGUUGGCAACGGCCACCCAGCGCCAGCAAGCCAUUGGAAUAUUGACAUCAGCGUCAAGUGCAGCGAACAAGGCUGCAGAGCGCAAGGGGUACCGAACGUACCAGGAGGCUUCGAAGAUGUGCGAUGUACACCUGCAUCCCCUCAGAACCCCCGAGCAGCGACUUGCCGAGGGCUGGUGCCUCCUCCAUGUGGAGAACAAGGGCGUGCAGCACUGCGUCGCCAUGCAGGUUACGGCUGUCGCGUGCACGAUCGUGGAGAACACCGAGGCUUGGACGGUGCCGCGGGGCGCAUGGAAGACGUAUUGGGACGAGGCAGUGGAUCGCAAGUUCCUGGUCCUCUUUCAACUGGCUACCGAGGAUUUACCCGACGACGCCCCAGAGAGACAUUUGCUACGCUUCGCCGCUGGAGCAAGAGCGCAAGUAAAGAGUCGCCAGUACAACUCGUGCCCGACACCGAAGAGGGGCAAGCAGAGAUUGCUCCAGGGCAGGGCGCCAGCCAGGACGAACAAAGGUAGAGCGGGCGUCAAGAAGACAGCCAUGAAGAAGCCAGCCAAGAAGCGAUUCCGCAUCCCGAAGAAUAUCCCGUACGUGCCCGCGCACCAGAAGGCGAUGGCUGACGUGGUCGGAGACAGGAGACAGACGUGGAGCAUGACGCUCACCGCGUUGGCAAAGCUGUCCCCCAAGCAAACUAUCGACCACCUCAGGGAUGUCGGUUUAUUGCCCAAGUGGGACAGGGGCAGCGCUUGCCCGUUCUGCGGCGCCAAUCGCCUGGGGCCGUUGAGGUUCGACAAGGCGAGGGGGUGGAGGCACAGGUGCAAUGCGAAGGCUUGCAUGAAAUGGGUGUACCCGCACGCCUGCCACCCAAUUUUCGCUUUGUCCGACGGGGCCUCGUCGGUGCCGCUCAACCGACAGGCGCAGGUCCUCUUUUGCAAGGUGGCUGGCGUGAAAUCAGGACAGAUACAUCUACUGACAGGAGUUUCCAGCAAAACCGUGGAGAGUUUAUCUGCGCGGUGGCGGCGAACUGUCAAGGCGCACGUGCUGAAGCGCCAGCGCACGAUGAAGUUUGGGGACAGGACUAACUGGACUGAGGUGGAGGUGGAUGAGACGGUCAUCCGCGGCAGGAAGGACAACAAGAAGAAACGUGUCACUUGGUUCAGCUACUGCGGUCCUACUUCGAAGAAAGAUUGGCGUCCCAUCUGCAAGAAGUACGUCACGAACCGUAAGGUUAUACUUCAUAGCGACGGCGCCAGAGCCUACCGGUUCACAAAGGUGCCGGGCGUGAUCGUGGACACGGUUCGCCACAAGCGUCCGCGGCCAGUCUACGCAGCCCGUUGGCGGCACGUCUUGCCCGUGGACUUCCUGAGGACGGCCAAGCCGAAAUCGGAGUGGGGCGCCACGGAGAUCAGGUGGGUGAAGAAGGGCACCCAGAUCAUAGACAAGGUGUGGGGGGCCCUCAAGUCAUUGAUCCCGAGAACCACGCAGGCCCACGAGAAUAGAGUAGAAUCGGCAGUCCGCGAGGCUCAGUGGUUCCUGUGGAAUAAGGGCAGGGACCGCUGGAGCGCU